AUGUUGGCAAGAUCCUGCCUGCGCUCGACGCGCUUCCUCAACGGGGCCAGAAAUAGCGCGACCGGCUUCGCUAAGCGAACCGUCUCGACUUCAAGCUCCCGUGCCGCCUCCGAAUCCCCUGCCCGAUUAAAUGUGGCCGCCGCCGCAUCCACAGCCGUAGCCAUUGGAUCCGUGGCAUGGUACUAUCAUCUCUAUGGAACUGACGCAUUUGCCAUGACGCCUGCUGAGGAAGGUCUGCAUCCCACAGCCUACCCCUGGGUUCACGAGCAAUGGUUCAAGACCUUCGAUCAUCAAGCACUUCGUCGAGGUUUUCAGGUCUACCAAGAAGUCUGCGCUGCGUGUCACUCCUUGAGCCGUAUUCCUUACCGAACACUGGUCGGCACGGUCCUGACAGUGGACGAGGCCAAGGCGCUGGCCGAGGAGAACGAGUAUGACAGCGAGCCUAACGACGAGGGCGAGAUUGAGAAGCGACCUGGAAAGCUUUCCGAUUACAUCCCGGCCCCGUACAAGAACGACGAGGCCGCUCGAGCUGCCAACAACGGUGCUCUGCCCCCCGACUUGAGUUUGAUCAUCAAGGGACGACAUGGUGGCUGCAACUACAUCUUCAGCUUGUUGACUGGUUACCCCGAGGAGCCUCCCGCUGGUGCCCAGCUCGCGGCUGGCAUGAACUUCAACCCCUACUUCCCUGGUACCGGUAUUGCCAUGGCCCGUGUCUUGUACGACGGCUUGGUUGAAUACGAAGACGAGACGCCUGCCUCGACCUCACAGAUGGCCAAAGACGUGGUGGAAUUCCUCAACUGGGCUGCCGAACCUGAGAUGGACGACCGCAAGAGAAUGGGCAUGAAGGUUCUUGCGAUCACAUCGGUUCUCUUUGCUCUCAGUGUUUGGGUGAAGCGAUACAAGUGGGCACCGAUCAAGUCAAGAAAGACCGUCUACGACCCGCCGAAGGCAACCAAGCACAUCCGCAUCUAG